CCACAACCGCGAGGUCCCAGGGCGGCGAGCCCAGGGCCCCGCGCUUCCGAAGCCGGCUACCGAGUGGAGUCUCGCCCGGCCAGCAGGCUUCAUGGCGGUGAGGCCGGUGUCCCGGAUGCUGCAGCGGGUGCUGAGGUCCAGCGUCCGGAGCUGCAGCUCUGGGGCUCCAGUGACGCAGCACCACCCCGGGGAGCCCUCCCAAACUGCUGCGGAGGAGCUGUCCAGACGGAGACAGUUCCUGCGGGAGCACACGGCCCCCUUCUCCGCCUUCCUCACCGACAGCUUCGGCCGGCAACACAGCUACCUGCGGAUCUCGCUCACCGAGAAGUGCAACCUCAGAUGUCAGUACUGCAUGCCCGAGGAGGGCAUCCCGCUGACCCCCAAGGCCGACCUGCUCACCACAGAGGAGAUCCUGACCCUUGCACGGCUCUUUGUGAAGGAAGGUAUAGACAAGAUCCGGCUUACGGGGGGAGAGCCGCUCAUCCGGCCGGACGUGGUGGACAUUGUGGCUCAGCUCCACCAGCUGGAGGGGCUGAGGACCAUUGGCAUCACCACCAACGGCAUCAACCUAGCCCGGCUGCUCCCUCAGCUUCAGAAGGCUGGUCUCAGUGCCAUCAACAUCAGCCUGGAUACACUGGUGCCGGCCAAAUUUGAGUUCAUCGUUCGCAGGAAAGGCUUCCAGAAGGUAAUGGCGGGCAUCCACAAGGCCAUCGAGCUUGGCUACAGCCCUGUGAAGGUGAACUGUGUGGUGAUGCGAGGCCUGAAUGAGGACGAGCUCCUGGACUUCGUGGCUUUGACCGAGGGCCUCCCUCUGGACGUGCGCUUCAUAGAGUACAUGCCCUUCGAUGGUAACAGGUGGAACUUCAAGAAGAUGGUGAGCUACAAGGAGAUGCUGAACACCCUCCAGCAGCAGUGGCCAGAGCUGGAGAAGCUGCCUGAGGAGGAAUCCAGCACAGCCAAGGCCUUUAAAAUCCCUGGCUUCCGAGGCCAGCUCAGCUUCAUCACGUCCAUGUCUGAGCAUUUCUGCGGAACCUGUAACCGACUGCGAAUCACGGCUGAUGGGAACCUCAAGGUCUGCCUCUUCGGGAACUCAGAGGUGUCUCUACGGGAUCACCUGCGGGCAGGGGCCUCUGAGGAGGAGCUGCUGAGGAUCAUCGGGGCUGCUGUGGGCAGGAAGAAGCAGCAGCAUGCAGGCAUGUUCAAUAUUGCCCAGAUGAAGAACCGGCCCAUGAUCCUCAUCGAGUUACUUUUGAUGCUCCAAGAUUCCCCACCAGCCAUUCCAAGCAUUUCCUCCCAGGACCCCUUUCGUGUUCAGGGUAUAAGACACAGAGGGAGUUUCUCCAACCAGAUGAUGAUUUUGUGGAAAGGAGGCUGGGUUUCUCAGACCCCUCUCCUUGCCCAGCGGUGGCUGGGGUCCAGCUGCCCUCAAAGACACUGCAGUUCCCACCUCAACUCAGAUGCCAACCCAAAGUGCCUUAGUGCAGUGUCCCGGGCUCCUGGCUCCCCCUCAGGACCCCUGCCAACCUCGGACCAACUAACCCAUGUGGACACAACAGGAAGGGCGGCUAUGGUAGAUGUGGGCGGGAAGCCAGACACGGAGCGGGUGGCUGUGGCCUCAGCCAUGGUCCUCCUGGGGCCCGUGGCCUUCAAGCUCAUCCAGGAGAACCAGCUCAAGAAGGGUGAUGCCCUGGUGGUGGCCCAGCUGGCCGGAGUCCAGGCGGCCAAGCUGACCAGCCAGCUGAUUCCUCUGUGCCACCACGUGGCCCUGAGCCACGUGCAGGUUGGGCUGGAGCUGGAUGGCACAUGCCAUGCGGUGGGCAUCCGGGUGUCCUGCCGGGCUCGGGGCCCCACCGGGGUGGAGAUGGAAGCCCUGACCGCCGCUGCCGUGGCCGCCCUCACUGUGUACGACAUGUGCAAGGCUGUCAGCAGAGACAUCGUGUUGGGGGAGAUCAAGCUCCUGAGCAAGACCGGGGGUCAGCGGGGGGACUUCCAGCGGACUUAGAGUUCUUGCCCCUCACCCUCCAGCCCAGCCAGGUCAAGAUGGGAUGCAGUUCCGGCAAGUUCCUGUAACCCCGUCCCUAUUUACCUCUGCUAGCAAGAGCCCGAGGUCAGCCCACCCCUUUACCGCCACACCAUCUCCACUGAGCUGCAUGUCUCCCAUCAGCCUUCCUGGGCACUCCGGUCAUGGGGGCGGGGGUCGGGGGGGGGGGUUUGCCGCGGGCAGCGCUGGAGAGCUGAGAAAUCACAUUGCCUGAAAUAGCCCCCAGAGAACCCAUGCAGUUUCAGACAGCCCGGUCUAUAACUUCCACUCCUCGUUUUGGGUUUCCUCUUCUCCUUCCUUGGGGGGAGCAUAAGGGCUCAUGAAGCAGAGGGAACCUACUUUGAGGAGGGAAGAGCAUGGUUUGCAUUAAGAAUGUUCUACUACUUCUCUGAAGCAGUUUUGCUUUCCCGAGUUUGGGGAGCUGCACCCUCACCAACCCUCUGAAAGGGCCAGUUCCCGCCUCGUUUUGCCUGCAUCUGGGCCCCCUCGAACUUGCAGGGUCUUGGCUUCACCAUUGCAUUCGUCCUGCUAGCAGCUCCCUUUCCCAGCCCCUUCUGCUUGAACGGGACAUACAAUAGCAGCAGCCCUGAGGACUUCUGCCCCAGGCGCACACCCCUCGCCUGGCCCUGCGCACUGCUGUUCCACCCACUGCCCACACCCCUUUAUUCUGGGACAUAUCAGGGAAAGAAGAGAGCUGAAGAUGGCCUUCACCCUCACAAUGCACAAAAUAAAGCCACGAUGCCAGCUUUGGAGAUGCAAGAAUGCGGACUCUCUGUGCGGAGGGCACUGAGCUGCCAUGAAGUCAUGCCCCCGCCCUUCCCCUGCCCCCCCCCCGGGGGGGAAAGAGGAGCAGGAAGGGUGCUAUAAAAGCCGAAGGGGCACAUGUUCUGUAGAUCCCCCGUCUUCCCUUGGGAGAAGGUAGGAGUGAAGUGGGAGGCCUAGAGAUGCACCGCCUGCAGGAAGUGUCCAGUGGGGUUGUCCAGAGCUCAAGAGGGUGCACUUACUUACAGGUUCCUGGUCUGUACGUCCCCAAAUACUGGACUGGUUGGCUGGGUUCUCCUCUGUGGGUAGGCAUCUUCGGGUCUAUCCUCGGUGGCACCCCCUGCCUGCCUGCUUCCCCUCUACCCUACAUGCACGGGUGCUGGCAAAUGUUUGACAACCAACUCUUGGGAAAAGGCCAAAUUCCGUGGCCGAUUUCACACUACCCGUACAACGUGA